UUAUAUCAUUUUUUGACAUACCCUCUUCCACGGUUCAGUUCCUGACAGACGUCGCUCCAAACUUUACGAACCAACCUCGGAACACGAACAACGCCGCCCAUCAUGCACGGAAUGUCAGGAAUGUCCGGAAUGUCCUCGAGUAACAGCACCUGCGUCACAGAGAUGCUAUGGAACUGGCGUGUAGUAGACGCAUGCUUCCUUUCCGAAUCAUGGCACGUGACGAACAACGCCAUGAUGGCCGCAAGCUGCAUCGGCGCUGCUCUCCUAGUCGUUACUCUUGAAUUCCUGCGACGAGUCAGCACCGAAUACGAUGCCUUUCUCCUUCGCCAAUUCCAACGACAACUCAACGCACAGCAAGCUGCGCUCGCCGCUGCCACGCCCGCCAACUGCUGCGACGGCCCCACCUCGACUCUCGGAACACAACACGCCACCUUCCGUGCCUCGGCACUACAACAACUUGUUCGCGCCUCGUUACAUGGCUUGAUUCUCGGUCUCGCGUACAUCAUCAUGUUGUUGGUUAUGCACUUCAACGGAUACAUCUUCAUCUCGAUCAUACUAGGAGCUGUUUUGGGCAAGUUCUUGUGCGACUGGAUGGUGGUUAGGAUACCAUACGGCCAGGUCAGCGAGAAAGAUGACAGACGUUCUUCGAUCGAGGCGGCAGGGCCGACCGGUUGUUGUGCGUAGAUGGUGCUGGAUGGAACGACUGCGCUGGAUUUUGAACGAUUAGAUACCCUAUUAUGACUGCGAUAUUGCGAAUGAAUUUAGUAUUAACCUUGUACUGUGGCAUCUGACUAAGAAGGCGAUAUUUC